CAUCCUGCGCGGCACUCCGCACGGCGCGGCGGCACCGCCUCCCCUCCUGAGCCCUGUCCCUGGGCCUGGUGCGGCAGCGCGGUUCUGGUGCUUUGCUCGUCCCUGUUGGCGGUGUCGGUGUCUCCUUCCAGGAGUUUGGCCUGGCAGGCCGGAGGUUACCCGCAGAAUAGGGUCCCUAGAGCACCCAGUGCUGCCGAGCUGAGCUUUGCCUGUGAUAUGACUAAAUGUUUCCUUAAUGAAAUAUCAGGUACUGUUGCAGUAAUUACUUCUGAUGGAAGAAUGAUUGUGGGAACACUCAAGGGUUUUGAUCAGACCAUAAACCUGAUUCUGGAUGAAAGCCAUGAACGAGUGUUCAGUUCUUCACAAGGAGUUGAGCAAGUGGUGCUGGGCUUAUACAUUGUAAGAGGUGACAAUGUUGCUGUGAUUGGUGAAAUUGAUGAAGAGACAGAUUCAGCUCUUGACUUGGGGAAUAUUCGAGCAGAACCUUUAAACUCAGUUGUGCACUGAAAAGAUGAAAAUGCACAGGGACUUUGUAAAUCUUUGGUUGUACAGACCUAUUUAGCAAUGUGGACAGUUUCUACAAAUUGUGUUUAAUUUGUUUAGUCACCAUUUUUUUAUUAUGAAUAUGGUGUAGUUUUGCAUGUAAAUUAAAGUUUCUACAUUUUGCUAAAGAUACUUUCAUUGAAUUUCUUUUGGGAUUUCAUGCUGCAUAAUUUCACUGGGAAAUGCAAUCAGUAUCAGUGAUGGUCCUGAUACUGUGUGUGUAUACCUUGUUCUUAAAAUAAGAUCUCAUUCCGAAAGGUAAACCAAGGUUUUUCCUGUUUUCAUUAUUUGAAGGUGGAUGUGUAACAGUCAGUUU